CUUAAUAACCUACAACUAAAAAAUAAUUUAUCAAAACAUUCUGAAUAAAAGGUCGCCUAAUUUGUCGUAAAUAAUAAAUAAUCAAAUAUGAGGUUGCUCUCGGUACUCCGCGGGCCACCUUCCAGCAACAAUGCGAGAAGACCACAAAGAGAACCUGUUCCCUUCAAACUGUUAUUACCUCUGGAACUAAAGAAAACUGUUUCAGGAAAAGGAGACAAGCAAAAGGAAAGUGCAUGUAUGCAAGAAUUGGCUGUGAUGUUCGCUUGUUUUAAAAAAGCUGAUUUUAAUGAACAAAAAUGCCUUAAAGAGGUUACCGCUUUCAGUAGUUGUUUCAAAGAAUAUUCAGAAAGGAUGGCCACUCAAAGAGAACAAGGGAAAAAAGGAAUCCUGGUGCCCGGAGAGAAGAAGUUAACACAUCGACAAAUGAAUGAACUAUUAAAACGGUUUCCUCCCAAAAAGUAAUUGUUAUUGUUGUUAAAUGCAUAGUUUUAAUACAUAGUCCUUGGUGGUAUAGUUAUAAUAAAUUAUCUUACAAGCUUA